CUGUGCUGUGUUGCUUUGUUGUCCAUCAAACUGUACUAGUUUCUCUUCUGGCCUUCCUCUGAGUAUGGGCUUUAAUUUCCUGCUGAUCUACACAGCGCCUGGAGAACUGGAUUGCUUUGAAAUGAGUGUUAGCCAGACUGUGACUGACAGGGAGAGAAAACAUGUAAGCUCAUCCUGCUGCAGAAGACAUACACAAUGGAUGCAGAAAAUCAUCAAAUCAUAGAAUGGCUUGGGUUGGAAGGGACUUUGAAGAUCAUCUAGUUCCAGUCCUCCUGCCAUGGGCAGGAAAAUACACAAGAGCUGGUAAUAUUCCUGUAGAUGAACUAUGUAAGAGUGAGUGGCGUACAAAUGUCUGUAAAUGAAAAAGGAAAGAGCAAAAAGCACAGCAGCACAGUGUACGAGCAAAGGAUUUUAUUGCACUUUGUAAAGGGACACUGAACAUGGAUAUAUUAACACUUGGGAUGUACAUCCUGCGACAUCCACAGACAGGAAAUGGAGAAGACAGGUCAGGAUGUAUACACUUCUGUACACAUCUCACUUCCACAACUAAUGGCUUAUAUUUGUCAAAAUCCAAGUCAACCUGAAGGGGUUUUGGUGUGAGCCUAUAGAAUAUUGAAGCUGCUGGUCUGGGCAUCCUGCAAUUCAGCUGAACAUGGCCAAAUUGCUUAUACAUAUUUCACAUUUCUGAGGCUUUCUUCCCUACUACACAAACCAGACCAACUGUACGAACCGGGUCAUUCCCUGAAGCCUGGAGAGCACAGCACAGUAGCUUCAGAGAUGUGCCAACAAAUGGUUUUCUCAAAUAAUGAUGAAGCCCUUAUUAACAAAAAACUACCCAAAGAACUUCUGUUAAGAAUAUUUUCUUUCUUGGACAUAGUUACUUUGUGUCGAUGUGCACAAGUUUCCAAGGCAUGGAAUGUUUUAGCUCUGGAUGGAAGCAAUUGGCAAAGAAUAGACCUCUUCAACUUUCAAACGGAUAUAGAGGGUCGAGUUGUGGAAAAUAUAUCGAAAAGGUGUGGUGGGUUCCUGAGACAACUUAGUCUGAGAGGAUGUCUUGGUGUUGGAGACUCCUCCUUAAAGACCUUUGCACAGAACUGUAGAAACAUCGAACACUUAAAUCUAAAUGGGUGCACAAAAAUCACUGACAGCACGUGUUACAGUCUUAGCAGAUUCUGUUCCAAGCUGAAACAUCUGGAUCUGACGUCUUGUGUAGCCAUCACAAACAGCUCUUUGAAAGGCUUAAGUGAGGGUUGCAGAAAUCUGGAACAUUUGAAUCUUUCCUGGUGUGAUCAGAUUACGAAGGAUGGUAUUGAAGCACUGGUGAAAGGGUGUAGUGGACUAAAAGCUCUAUUUCUUAGAGGUUGCACACAGUUAGAAGAUGAAGCAUUGAAACACAUUCAAAAUCACUGUCAUGAGCUGGUGAUCCUGAAUUUGCAGUCCUGUACGCAAAUUUCAGAUGAAGGCAUUGUCAAAAUCUGUAGAGGAUGCCACAGACUUCAAUCACUCUGUGUUUCAGGCUGUAGCAACCUGACAGACGCUUCUCUCACAGCACUUGGUCUAAACUGUCCAAGGCUGAAGAUUUUGGAAGCUGCAAGAUGUUCACAUCUUACAGAUGCUGGUUUUACCCUUUUAGCACGGAAUUGCCAUGAGCUGGAGAAGAUGGACUUGGAAGAGUGUGUUUUGAUAACUGACAGCACAUUGAUACAACUUUCUAUACACUGUCCUAAGCUACAAGCAUUGAGCUUAUCUCACUGUGAAUUGAUCACCGAUGAUGGGAUUCUGCAUCUGAGCAACAGUACUUGUGGUCAUGAGAGGCUGCAGGUCCUGGAGCUUGAUAACUGUCUCCUCAUCACCGAUGUGACACUGGAGCACCUGGAGAACUGCCACAACUUGGAGAGAAUUGAGUUGUAUGACUGCCAGCAAGUGACACGAGCUGGAAUCAAGCGGAUCAGAGUACGUGUUCGCUGACUUGUGCCGGCUCAUCUACCUCAUGUGAAAGUUCACGCUUACUUUGCUCCAGUAACUCCCCCGCCAUCAGUAGGAGGGAGCGGACAGCGCCUCUGCAGAUGCUGUAUCAUUCUCUGACAGUAAGUGCAACCACACAGCAGAUUUCAUUGUUGAUGUUGAAGAGAACAGGACUGCAAAGCAGUGGAAGGAGUUGGUUUCCUGACAGUCCUAACGGUGGUGUUUGGUCAUCCAGUUUUGUGACAAGAAAAGCGUUUAUUUCCCAGGUAAAACUCUUACCAUAAUGUGCAGCUGUGGAUUAAGUUGGUGAUGCUUCAGUUUGUAUUAGCAACUCCUUCCUUCUGUUGGCAUGAGAACUGAAAUGCUGUGUAAAACGUGCAGGCCUUUCAGCUUAGCAGUUACUUGGUGGAAGUUCACUAAACUUGAAAGUUAAUUUGCAUUUGUAAGCACUACUCGGUGUGAAGUUGUGUAACCUGAGGCGGGGCUCAAGUCCGUCGCACCACAGAACCGAACCUGCUGUUCUGUAACAUAUAUGACAGAUUAAACACCAGGUUUAAAGACAAAUCAGCUUUAGCAGAUGUUGACCAAAAAACGCAAGGUAAUCAUGAGCUCUUGCAGCCAAACAGCUUAUACUUUUUCAUGAGUCAGCUUUGUAUUUAAUGACACAAGGGGACACAAUAGAUAAUGUCAAAAGGUAAGGUAGUACCUCCAGGGAACUGUGUAAAUAGAGAUACUUCCCAAGUUUCUGAGCUUGGUUCAGUUGGUGUAAUGCUUGCCUGUCGCUAAAGCAUGUUUUACACCCAAUGCCAUCAGCCUUUACAAGGGGAGAACAACCCGCUGUGGGUGGAGCUGAGCGGCUGCUGCAGCCACAUGGUGGUUCCUGCAGCACUGCUCCUGCUGUCCUUAGUUACCUCCUCAGGCUGUAAGGGAAAGAUGCUGCUGUUCUAGAAGAGGGUACUCGUGCUUUGCUACAGCUGAAUGGAAACCAGGUUCAGUUAUAGGAACUAUAAUUGGAUGAAGUAAGGAAUUCCAGGUGUUUGUCACUCCUGGUUUUGGGGCACAGAUAAAGCUGUAGGCAGGAGUUGAACCAAACCUGUGGUUUUCAAAUGUAGAAAGCCAAACUCUUUACAUUUGGGUUGAGAAGCUGUCAACAUCUGAAUUACAAUAGUAACAUUCUGUGUAUUGACUCUUAAGGCCAUCCUUAGUUCUUGAGUGCUAGAGGAUUAGAUGAACUUUUUUAUCUUAAGCAACUUAAUUAUCCAAGAAACUACUCAACAGUUCAGAAAACCUUUUUUUGUGUAAGAUUGAUUGUGUGUGUAUGUAUGUCAGGGCCUGUGUUUACUGAAGAUUAAUAGAAGUAGUGGCUUAAAAAGCAGUUGAAGAAGCUACUUCUGGGUAGUACUGCAAUUCCCCCCACAUAUUUAAAGCUACUUUUUAAAAGUGUGAAUGUGUUCCAGAUAAGGACAGUAACUGGAAGCCUCAGCUUUGAGAUUAAGUUACAGGUGAGAGUGCAGCAGUAAAUGGAUUACUACUAUAAAAUAAGGUGGUCAGGGCUUGUUUUACACAGCAGUGGUGGAGUGUUUGUUGUUACUAUCAUGCUUCAAGUUCCAUUAGGAUAUGUCCUGCUGUAACAGGGAGUUUUAAGCAGAUUUUCUUCUCACCUGUACCACGAAGGUCACCAGUAUGUCAAGUUGUAUUGCCCUUUGUUGGCUCAUCUUUUUUCUAAGAACAUAAUGACCCCUGUAAGUCUAUUGCAUUUAAGGUGUACAAACCCAAAGGGAACCUAUGCUGAUAUAAGCCACUUAAAUAAACAAUCAGCUGAUGUCAUUUGAA